CGGUGCCCUCAACAAACAUGGCCGCCGCUCUAGCGUCAGACCCGAUGUGGAGGCCGCGCUGCCGCCUGGGAAUCGCGGUCUCGGCGUCACCCGGCGCGGGGCCACGUGACGUGGGAGGUGCCAGAGGCGGCGGGAUUCGCGCAGGCGGAGCAGCGGCGGAGGCCCGAGUGAGGUGGGGGCUGCCCGGUGAGGUUUCCCGACGGGUGCCGGCCUCGCGCGCACGUGCCCGCCUGCUCGCUCUCGCGGUCCAGGGCGCUGCCGCAGGUAGGCAACCCCCUGCGUUUUAUCCUAACCCCAGGGUAUACUGUGGAUCCUGUGACCUUCAAGCUGAAGAAGUGAAGGUGUAAAGAGUGUUGGAACCCAACGUAUGAAAGGAAUAAUGCUGUCAGCAUGUCUGCACACUCUAUGCUCUGUGAACGAAUCGCCAUAGCCAAGGAACUGAUCAAGAGAGCAGAAUCACUUUCCAGAUCAAGAAAAGGUGGCAUCGAAGGUGGUGCCAAGCUGUGCAGCAAACUGAAGGCAGAAUUGAAGUUCUUACAGAAGGUAGAAACUGGGAAAGUAGCUAUUAAGGAGUCCCAUUUACAGAGCACUAACCUCACACACCUAAGAGCCAUCGUGGAAUCGGCAGAAAACCUGGAGGAAGUUGUCAGUGUUCUCCAUGUCUUCGGUUACACAGACUCCUUGGGCGAAAAGCAGACCCUUGUGGUGGACGUCGUUGCAAACGGUGGUCAUACUUGGGUGAAAGCCAUUGGCCGCAAGGCUGAAGCUCUGCAUAACAUUUGGCUGGGCAGGGGCCAGUAUGGUGACAAAAGCAUUAUUGAGCAAGCUGAAGACUUCCUCCAGGCCAGUCACCAGCAACCAGUGCAGUACAGCAACCCUCACAUCAUCUUUGCGUUUUACAACAGUGUCUCUAGCCCCAUGGCCGAGAAGCUGAAAGAAAUGGGGAUAUCUGUGAGGGGAGACAUCGUAGCAGUGAACUCUCUGUUAGAGCAUCCUGAAGAACUCCAGCCCAGUGAGAGUGAAUCAGAUGAUGAGGGCCCCGAACUUUUGCAGGUGACCAGAGUAGACCGAGAAAACAUCCUAGCAAGUGUCGCAUUUCCAACGGAGAUCAAGGUCGACGUGUGCAAGAGAGUCAAUCUGGACAUUACUACUUUAAUCACAUAUGUAUCUGCCCUCAGCUAUGGAGGCUGCCACUUUAUCUUCAGAGAAAAAGUGCUCACUGAACAGGCAGAGCAAGAGAGGAAGGAGCAGGUUCUGCCACAGCUGGAGGCAUUUAUGAAAGACAAGGAGUUGUUUGCUUGUGAAUCUGCCGUCAAGGACUUUCAGUCUAUUCUAGAUACCUUAGGAGGACCCGGAGAGAGAGAGCGGGCUACUAUGCUAAUUAAGCGUGUUAGCGUGGUCCCAGACCAGCCUUCUGAGCGUGCCUUGAAACUAGUGGCCAGUUCAAAAAUCAACAGCCGCUCAUUAACGAUUUUUGGGACGGGAGACACCUUAAAAGCCAUCACAAUGACUGCCAAUAGUGGUUUUGUUAGAGCUGCCAACAAUCAGGGUGUUAAGUUUAGUGUGUUUAUCCAUCAGCCCAGAGCACUUACUGAGAGCAAAGAGGCCCUAGCUACCCCCUUACCAAAAGACUGCACAACUGACAAUGAACACUGAUGAUAUCCUUUAAAUAUUGUCAUGGAAAUAAGUUAUUUAUACCAAAGGCUGUGUCUCCCCAUCUUAAUUGGAAAAAAAAAAUUCUGUAGUAAAAAUAAUACUUAGAACUCUUAAACCAGUCAAAUUGAUUGUGUCUCAUCUAUAAAGUGUGUAACCUAAAGUAGAAAAAGCACAAGAGGCAACCUUAUUUAUCAAACUGGUUACAUUACAUUACAAACUGGUAAUUAGAACAGAAAUACAUCUCUAUAAGGCUUGUAGCUGUAUCAUAAUACUUUGAUUUGUUUGAUUUAGUAGGGCAAUUCCCCUAAUGGUAAUCACAUUUCUUGGACUUGGCUGCAUUGCAUCUUGCAUUAAAUAUCUGGAGAAACCUC